AUGAUGGAAUCACAAGUAGAAACGGCGGUUAAGCUGAUGAGUAACGCUGGUGGUGAGCAGAUUUGUCAGAUAUGUAGUGACAAUGUUGGGAAAACUGUGGAUGGAGAUUUCUUUGUUGCGUGUGAUUUCUGCUCCUUUCCAGUCUGUAGACCUUGUUAUGAGUAUGAAAGGAAAGACGGAAACCAGUCUUGUCCUCAGUGCAAGACCAGAUACAAGAGACACAAGGGUAGUCCUGCCAUUCCUGGAGAUAAAGACGAGGAUGGUUUUGUUGACGAUGGUGCUGGUCAGUUUAGUUAUACAGAAAACUCACAGAAGGAGAAGAUAUCAGAGCGUAUGCUUGGAUGGCAUCUUACGCGAGGGAAAGGGGAGGAGAUUGGGCACUCUGAGUAUGACAAAGAGGUCUCUAACAAUCUAAUUCCUCGUCUCACUAGUAGACAAGAGGUUUCUGGAGAGUUUUCAGCCGCUUCACCUGAACGCCUGUCUGUAUCUUCUACUAUAGCUGGUGGGAAGCGGCUUCCCUACUCAUCCGAUAUCAAUCAAUCACCAAACAGAAGGAUUGUGGAUCCUGUUAGGGACUUUGGUUCAACAGGGUUAGGCAAUGUAGCUUGGAAAGAGAGAGUUGACGGCUGGAAAAUGAAGCAGGAGAACAAAUCUGGUCCUGUGAGCACUCAAGCUACUUCUGAAAGGGGUGUAGGGGAUAUCGAUGCCAGCACUGAUGUCUUUGUUGACGAGGCUUUGCUGAACGACGAAGCUCGGCAGCCUCUAUCAAGAAAAGUAUCGAUUCCAUCAUCACGGAUAAAUCCCUACAGAAUGGUUAUAAUGCUGCGGCUCGUAAUCCUGUGUCUCUUCUUACAUUAUCGUAUCACAAAUCCAGUGCCAAAUGCAUUUGGUCUAUGGCUGGUAUCAGUGAUAUGUGAGAUCUGGUUUGCCAUAUCAUGGAUUUUGGAUCAGUUCCCAAAGUGGUUUCCUGUUAACCGCGAAACGUACCUCGAUAGACUAUCUUUAAGAUAUGAUCGUGAAGGUGAACCAUCACAGUUAGCUGCUGUUGACAUUUUUGUGAGUACCGUUGACCCCUUGAAAGAGCCCCCUCUGGUGACAGCCAAUACAGUACUCUCUAUUAUGGCGGUUGAUUACCCGGUGGACAAGGUGUCUUGUUAUGUUUCUGAUGACGGUGCUGCUAUGUUAUCAUUUGAAUCACUAGCAGAAACAUCUGAGUUUGCACGGAAAUGGGUACCUUUCUGCAAGAAGUAUAAUAUUGAGCCACGGGCACCAGAAUGGUACUUUGCACAGAAAAUUGAUUACUUGAAGGAUAAAGUUCAGACGUCAUUUGUCAAAGAUCGUAGAGCUAUGAAGAGGGAGUAUGAGGAAUUCAAGAUCCGAAUCAAUGCACUUGUUUCCAAGGCUCAGAAAGUUCCUGAAGAAGGCUGGGUUAUGCAAGAUGGUACACCGUGGCCUGGAAACAACACAAGAGACCAUCCAGGAAUGAUCCAGGUUUUCUUAGGACAAAAUGGUGGACUGGACGCGGAGGGAAAUGAGCUUCCACGUUUGGUCUAUGUUUCUAGAGAAAAGCGACCGCUUUUCCAGCACCACAAAAAGGCCGGUGCUAUGAAUGCACUUGUUAGAGUUUCAGCAGUCCUUACUAAUGGACCUUUCCUACUGAAUCUUGAUUGUGAUCAUUACAUAAAUAACAGUAAGGCCUUAAGAGAAGCUAUGUGCUUCCUAAUGGAUCCAAACCUUGGGAAGCAAGUGUGUUAUGUCCAGUUCCCACAGAGAUUUGAUGGUAUCGAUAGAAACGAUAGAUAUGCUAACCGUAAUACCGUUUUCUUCGAUAUAAAUUUGAGAGGCUUAGAUGGGAUUCAAGGACCUGUAUACGUGGGAACUGGGUGUGUUUUCAACAGAACUGCAUUAUAUGGUUAUGAACCUCCAGUGAAACCAAAACAUAAGAAAGCAAGUGUUCUAUCUAGACUUUGUGGAGGAUCACGAAAGAAAAAUUCCAAAUCUAAAAAAGACUCUGACAAAAAGAAAUCUGGCAAACACACGGACUCAACAAUUCCUGUAUUCAACCUCGAUGAUAUAGAAGAGGGAGUUGAAGGUUCUGGUUUUGACGAUGACAAGGCGCUCUUGAUGUCGCAAAUGAGGUUGGAGCAGCGAUUUGGACAAUCUGCUGUUUUUGUUGCUUCUACCCUUAUGGAAAACGGAGGUGUUCCUCCCUCUGCAACUCCAGAAAACCUUCUCAAAGAAGCUAUCCAUGUCAUUAGCUGUGGAUAUGAGGACAAAACAGAGUGGGGAACAGAGAUUGGAUGGAUCUAUGGCUCUGUUACAGAAGAUAUUCUCACCGGAUUCAAAAUGCAUGCCCGUGGUUGGAGGUCAAUCUACUGUAUGCCCAAACUACCGGCAUUCAAAGGAUCUGCUCCAAUUAAUCUUUCUGAUCGACUGAACCAAGUGCUCCGGUGGGCUCUAGGUUCAAUUGAGAUUCUCUUCAGUCGGCAUUGUCCAAUCUGGUACGGUUAUGGAGGGAGGCUGAAAUUUCUUGAGAGAUUUGCAUAUGUCAACACCACCAUUUACCCAAUCACCUCCAUUCCUCUCCUCAUGUAUUGCACAUUACCUGCCGUUUGUCUCUUCACCAACCAAUUCAUUAUCCCUCAGAUAAGUAACUUGGCAAGCAUAUGGUUUCUGUCUCUCUUUCUCUCCAUUUUCGCCACUGGUAUACUCGAAAUGAGAUGGAGCGGAGUGGGCAUAGACGAAUGGUGGAGAAACGAGCAGUUUUGGGUCAUUGGUGGUGUAUCGGCUCACUUAUUUGCAGUCUUCCAAGGUCUCCUUAAAGUUCUGGCCGGUAUCGACACCAACUUCACAGUCACCUCGAAAGCCUCAGACGAAGACGGUGACUCCGCAGAACUUUACUUGAUCAAAUGGACAACACUUCUAAUCCCACCAACGACUCUGCUCAUCAUAAACCUUGUAGGAGUGGUAGCAGGAGUCUCUUAUGCUAUCAACAGUGGAUAUCAGUCUUGGGGACCUCUCUUUGGUAAGCUCUUCUUUGCCUUUUGGGUGAUUGUUCACUUGUACCCAUUCCUCAAGGGCUUGAUGGGUCGACAAAACCGUACUCCAACCAUUAUCGUGGUCUGGUCGGUCCUUCUUGCUUCCAUCUUCUCAUUGUUGUGGAUUCGGAUCGAUCCGUUUACAUCUAGAGUCACUGGACCAGACGUGCUGGAAUGUGGAAUCAACUGUUGA